AAAAUGGAACCCACCAGCAGUGUGAGGAGACCUGAAAGUGGCACAUGGCAGAGGUGUGGCGAUGGAGACAGCAGCAAUGGGAGGCCGUACAGGGACCCAUGAGGACACUCUGGACCUGGCAGCAGCAUGAGGAGGCGGUACAGGGGGCCAUGGCAGAUUACGGGCCUGGCAGCAGCAAUGGGAGGCCCGUAAUCUGCCAGCACCCUAUGACAAAAUGGAACGCCACACAGCAGUGUGAGGAGACUUGAAAGUGGCACAUGGCAGAGUUAACAUGUUUGGGGCAUGAUUCAUGG